CUCCAACAUUUAUCUCUAUUUUUUCCUGCUUUUAACUCCUAUUUUUCUCUCGACUUCUAUUUUCUCUCUCUACAAACAUUUAAAUUUUAUUACCCUGAUUUAGUUAAAAUCAUUAGUGGAGGUUUGAGUUGCAGUCACUGUUGUACUUUGAGGAAAGACUAAAGUUUUUUUUUUUUUUUCAAAUCAACUUCUUUCUUUAAAUUGUAAAUAUAUCUAAUGAUCAGAAUUUUGUUUGUUAUUAAUUACUUUUAUUCAUGGCUCCUCUAACCAUCUAAAACAGGCUGAAACAAUCUAAAUAGAAAAUGCUGUGUUAAAGAAACACCAAAUUAUACCCGAGCAAUAAGUUCAGGUACUUAAAUUGAAUCUUAUUCCUCAACCAUUUUCUCUCAUAUAUUCAGUCAUAAAAAAAUAAAAGAAAAAGAAAAGUGUCCAUUAUUCUUUAUGCCCUAAUUAAUUGGAAAGGAAAUGGGUCUCUAUCGAUGAUAUUCUGCUAUGUGGCCCAUAUCAGCCCUGUCAAAACAAACACUCCACGCGCGCCAUCAGCUUCGCAUCCAAAAACGUUGCCACUUCCUCCUGUCACGAAGAACUGGGUGCAGGACUCACCUGAUCAAAUGACCUUGUUUUAGGAUGUUUAUGCACCAAUUAUUUGGUUCGAAAAUUACGUUCGCGUACAAUACCCUUAUCAGAGCUCAUGCCUCCUCUUCUCCUUCCCUUGCCUUUUCCCUUUUCAGUAACAUGCGCCGAGCUGGCGUAUCACCUGAUCACUUCACUUUCCCAUUUGUACUCAAAGCCUGUUCUCGCCUCCAAACUUGUAGUCAGAACCUCUAUUCCCUUAUUAUAAAGCUGGGUCUUGACUCUAAUAUUUAUAUACAAAAUUCUUUGAUUAAUUUUUAUGGUUCUUGUGGUUUAGUCACUGUUGCUCUCAAGGUGUUUGAUGAAAUGAUCGACAGAGACUUGGUUUCAUGGUCUUCUGUGAUUUCUUGUUUCAAUAACAAUGGUCUUCCACAAGAAGCUUUGGGUUUGUUUCAGCAAAUGCAAAUUAAUGGAAAUGUGAAUCCUGAUGAGGUUACAAUGGUUAGUGUUGUAUCGGCCGUUUCUAGUUUAGGAGAUUUAGAAUUGGGUAAAUGGGUUGAUGGGUACAUUUCUAGAAAUAAUAAUUUGAAGAUUACUGUACAACUGGGUACUGCUUUGGUUAAUAUGUAUUCUAGAAUUGGGUCUGUUGAUGAUUGUGUAAGAGUGUUUAAUGAAAUGGCGGAGAGAAAUGUGUUAACUUGGACUGCUUUGAUUAAUGGGCUUGCUGUGCAUGGACGAAGUAAGGAGGCACUUAGGAUGUUUGAUGAAAUGAGAAAAGAAAUUAAUUUGCGACCUGAUCAUAUUACAUUUAAUGGUGUUUUAGUUGCUUGCAGUCAUGGUGGUCUUGUUGCCGAUGGCUGGCGAGUUUUCAAAAGCAUUAAGCAUGAAUAUGGCAUUGAACCUACACUAGAGCAUUAUGGGUGUAUGGUUGAUCUUCUAGGCCGCGCAGGCAAGGUCCAGGAGGCUUUUGAAUUCGUCAAAAGUAUGCCUUAUAAACCAAAUGCAGUUAUUUGGAGGACUCUGCUUGGUGCUUGUGUAAACCAUAAUAAUAUUGCAUUGGCAGAGAAAGUAAAGGAAAAGAUCAAUCACCUUGACCCUUGUCAUGAUGGGGAUUAUGUGCUUCUAUCAAAUGCUUAUGGUGAAGUUGGUAGAUAUGCUGAGAAAGCUAAGGUUAGAACUUCGAUGCAAGAGAAGAGGAUUAGCAAGAAACCUGGUUACAGUGUACUUACCAUGGAUCAGGAGACUCUUGAGUUUGUAUCAGGGGAUAGUUCUCAUCCUGAAUCAGAGGAAAUAAGGAAAAUCUUAGUUUGCGUCAUUGAUAGUCUUAGAGAUGAAGGUUAUACUCCAUAUACCUCUAAUGCGUUCCAUGACAUUGAAGAGGAGGAGAAAGAGCAUAGUCUUAGCUAUCACAGUGAAAAAUUAGCUGUUGCUUUCUCGCUUCUUCGCUUCAAUGACAGAAGAACCAUAAGAAUCAUGAAAAAUCUACGAACUUGUCGCGACUGUCAUCAUUUCAUGAAGCUUGUAUCAGGCAAGUUUGAUAAAGAAAUUGUUGUGCGGGAUCGAAACAGAUUCCAUCAUUUUAGUAAUGGAACAUGUUCUUGCCAAGAUUAUUGGUAACAGAUGCUCAUGCUCCACCAUACUCGGGCACCCUUCAUCUUCCUCCGACAUUUAUCAUUCCUAGAGCUGUAAUUUUUGAAGCAUGUAUCUCAUUCACAACCUGCAGAGGAUUUUAUCGUGCAUGUUAUUCAACUACUGAUAAGUGGAAUUUAUUUGCAUUA